AUGGAUAAUUUCAUGUUCGAUGAAUCAAUGGACUUGACUGGUUUAGAUGAACUUCUUUUAGAUUCACAAUUGAAUGAUGACUCUAUGGACUUCACUUCUUUUGACACAUUCGUUUUAGAUGCGCAGUUAAAUGACACUAGUGAUGAUUCUCUUUGUAGACUUUUCGAAGUAAAUAUAAUGAAUGAUCAGUAUGAUUCUCUUUGCAUGGAAGUAGAUGUUUCUGAUUAUGAAAGAGAGUGUGCUGAAGAAAGAAAUUCAACAGAAAAUCUACCAGAACAUCCACAGAUAGGUCAUGGUUUACCUAUUCCUCAACCACCAGUCAAUAACAUAAUCAGGAAUGAUAAUAGAAAUGAUGAAAUAGAAAUUGAGUUUCAGAUAUUAGAAGAGGGACCUUGGAAAGUGAAUCGUACAUUCCAUACUAAGACAAAACUUUUGAGAGCCAAAUUAUCACAUGAUGAAGAAGGGGUUAUCAAUCUAUUACAAGUAGGUGAAGCUAUUGACUCAGCUUAUGAACGAUUUGUUAGUAGUAUGAUUUCAGAAGCAGGAAACAAUGAUAGAAUUUAUAUAACAUUCAGGAACAGCAGCGAAAAUAGAGAACUUUAUAUAGCAUUCAAAAAAGAAAAUUUCAAUAAAGAACAAUUUUUAGAUAGAGCUUAUGCAUUAGCGCAAUCUGCAGGCAAUUUUUUGGACAACAAUGUAUUCGAAAUCAAAGUACAAGUCGUUCAGUGUGUAACUGGAAAUGGUAGAGUAUCUAAACUGCAGCCAGGAUCGAUCAGAGCUACCAAAAAGAUCAAUUGUCCAAGUUUUAAUGAGGAUCAUAAAUGUGGGUAUAUGGCCAUAGGAAUAGGUAAACUUUUCCUAGAUAAAAUAGCAGGUACACUCUUAGAAGAUCAUGUUAGCUGGAAGAGAACGAGAGUAUCACCAAUAGCACAGUUAAAAGCAGCUAGUAAUUUAUUCCAAGAUUUGGGAGUCAAUUGUCUUCGUCCACUAGAUAUGAAUAAUAUUGUCGCAAUCCAAGAAAAGUUAAAUGAUUAUCAGAUAAUUGUUAUUGAUAGAAGAACUCAGUUAAAACUUUACGCAGGUCCUGAAAGAGAGAAAGUUUUAGGUUUAGAGUAUAGUGAGCCACCUCAUUUCAACUUCAUUAAAUCAAUCAAAAGUUAUAUGGACGCUGUCGAAUUUUGUACACGAUGUUGGGUUAAGCACCAAAAAGGUAAACAUAGUUGUUCUACUUCAUGUAAAAAGUGUACAAAAAUCACUCAGUGCCCUUUAAUAGCUUUGAUAACUUGUUCAACCUGUCAUGUUGACUUUAAUAGCGAUUCAUGUUUCGAUUAUCAUAUUGAAAAGACUCUUUGUCAAAGAAAACAGAAAUGUGAAGAAUGUUGGAUUGUUUAUAAUACUCAAGAGAUUCAUGUUUGUGAUACAUACAAAUGUAUUAAAUGUAAUGUCCUCUACAAAGAAUCACCCCACUAUUGUCACAUCAAAGUCUUGGAAAUUGAUGAUCUUAAAAAAGAUGAUGAGAGACCAGCAAUUAUGAUAUGCUACGAUAUUGAAUCCAUGCAAAUACCUUUAGAAAACAACGAACUCGUUCACCAGCCAAAUCUCCUCAUAAGUUUCACGAUUUGUAAUGAGUGUGUUGAUCUUCAAACCUUCGGUAAAAAGGACGGCAUAUGUAAAGUGUGUGGCCCUCUUGAAAACAUCUACAGAGGUAAUGAUUGUGUUACAAGAUUUUGUGAUUAUCUCUACAGAGAUAUCGCACCAAUAGCUUAUGCUAAAAAAUCGAAAGUAACAAUCAUCGCUCACAACCAGAGGGGAUAUGACGGCCAUUUCAUCAUCCAGGACUUUUACAAGCGAGACUUUCAAGCCACUCCAAAUUUAAUAAUGGUUGGAUCAAAGAUUCUUUUUGCUGGAAUGGAGCAACUGAGAUUUAUCGACUCGCUCAGCCUUUUUCUUCAGCCACUCAGCUCUCUUUCUGAGUCCUUCAACAUUGAAGAACUUAAAAAAGGAUUUUUUCCUCAUAAAUUCAAUACACCAGAAAAUCAAGAGUAUGUAGGAUCUUUACCUUCUAUUGAAAACUAUUAUCCUGAGUCCAUGAAACCAAAGCAGUUAGUAGAAUUCAGUUCUUGGCAUCAGGAACAAGCCAAUAAUUUGUUCGAUUUCGGUAAAGAAAUAGUUGAAUAUUGUCGAUCAGAUGUUCAGAUCCUGAUGAUAUCAAUGUUAAAAUUCGUAAAACUUUUCUCUUCAAUCACUGGUAUUAACCCCAUAACGAGAGGCUUCACCCUGGCAUCAAUUGCAAUGGAAGUAUUCCGAGCUAAAAUGUUGUUACCCAUGUCUCUAGCUGUAACACCAACAUUAGGUUACGCUGCGAGGAAACACUCAGUGAUUGGUUCAUGUUGGUUAGAUUUUCAACAGAAAAAACAGGGCCAACCUAUUCCACGUGAAUAUAGAAUAGGUAACUUCUUCGCUGAUGGCUUCAUUCCCGAAACUAAACAAGUUUUCGAGUUUUGGGGGUGUUACUUCCAUGGAUGUCCUGUUUGCUAUCCUGAUCGAUCUCAAGAUGUGAGAAUAGGUGACCAAUCCAUCAAUGUACAGACUCUCUACGAAAAAGUCGAGUUGAAACGUCUUUAUUAUACUCAUCGUGGAUUCAAACUGGAGGAAAUAUGGGAACACGAACUUGACAAGAAAGAUUCAUACAUUGCUGAUAGAAUGGAGUAUUAUCAUUCACUAAAAAAGGUCGGAUGCAUAGAUAUCAAGGAAAGUUUCUUCGGAGGGCGAACUAAUAACAUCAAGUUCUUCCAUAAGUGUAGUGAGAAUGAAAGAAUAAGAUAUCUUGAUUUCACAUCAUUAUACCCUUAUGUUCUCAGGAAAAAUGUUUUCCCUAUGGGACAUCCAACUGUAAUACAAGAAGAUUUCAAAGAUAUUUCUGAGUAUUUUGGAUUCAUCAAAUGUAAAGUUCUGGCUCCCCAAAAUAUCAAUAUUGGUGUUCUUCCUCUCAGAUUGGAUAGACUUCUCUUUCCUCUCUGCCGUACAUGCGCCACUAAAAUGCAACAACAGUGUGAUCACACAGACGAGGAAAGGUACAUGACCAACACUUGGACAACAAUUGAGCUCCAAGAGGCUAUGACCAUCGGAUACAAGAUCAUCAAGAUUUAUCAAGUUUUAGAUUAUGAGCAGUCACCAUCUUCAUCACAAUUUGGAGAAUACAUCAAAAUGUGGCUGAAAAUAAAACAAGAAUCCAGUGGAUGGCCAAGUUGGUGUCAAACCGAAGAGGACAAAUCCAAAUACAUCAGUGAUUAUAAAACAGCAGAGGACAUUGAUCUUGAAUUUGAAAAUAUCGAAAAGAAUCCGGGUAAGAGAAGCAUAGCUAAACUUAUGCUCAAUAGCUUCUGGGGUAAACUUGCUCAGAAUCCCAACAUGCCUAAGACACAAGUACUUAGAAGCUACGCUGACUUGUGGCAGAUAGCAAACAAUCCUGAACUUGAAACUCUUGGUCUUUUUGAGGUCAACGAUGAUACACUAUUGAUUCAACAUAAGUACAAUGAUACAUCUCUUGAUCAAGUCAAUCCUGGUAAGACUAAUUUAGCUGUAGCGUCAUUUGUUACUGCUUAUGGACGUCUAGAGCUUUUCAGGCUUAUUAACAAGAUUGAAAAUCAUAGAGUAGGUAGAGUACUUUAUUUUGAUACUGAUAGUGUUGUCUUUGUUGAGAAUGAAAACGAUCCAGAGAUCAAGUGUGGUGAUUAUCUGGGUGAGUUGACGGAUGAGAUCGAACCUGGAUGGAAAUGUACUGACUUUGUUACACUUGGCCCCAAAAAUUAUGGAUAUGAAGUGUCAGAUACACAUGGAAAUAGAAAAGCCAUUACGAAAGUAAAGGGUAUCAAAUUAACAUCAGCAGCUUUGGAUAUCCUUACACUUCAAAAACUUAUGGAAAUGAUCGACAACUACAUCAAUGGAAUACAAGAUGUUGUCCAUAUCAAUCAAACUAACAUUGUUUCGGAUAAGUUCACCCACAUUGUUAAAACCAAGAGCUUCAAUAAAAUUUAUCGAGCUGUUUCGGAGAAGAGAAAAAUAAUUGGGAAUGAUACACGACCAUACGGAUAUAUACCCCAUCAUAAACACAUCUUGUUGAAUUAA